ACUUGAUUUGUGAAGCUGGAAGUGACGGCCUCUUCAUGUAUUUUUGAAAAUGAAACGAAUAAAUAAGAAGACGUUGAAUUUAAUGAGAGAGCUGGAUGCUUUCCCCAAAAUCCCUGAAAGUUACGUUGAAACUUCAACAAGUGGUGGAACAGUUUCUCUAAUUGCUUUUGGCAUCAUAGCUCUGUUAUCUAUAAUGGAAUUCUUUGUGUACCGAGAAACAUGGAUGAAGUAUGAUUACGAAGUAGACAAAGACUUUUCCAGUAAACUGCGAAUCAAUUUAGAUAUUACCGUUUCAAUGAAAUGUCAUUAUAUUGGGGCGGAUGUCUUAGAUUUAGCAGAAACAAUGAUGGCAGCUUCAGAGGGGUUGAAAUAUGAACCAACUAUGUUUGAAUUGUCUCCAUCUCAAAGAAGGUGGCAGAGAGCGCUUGAAAAGGUUCGCAGAAAAGUCCAAGAGGAACAUUCACUGCAAGAUCUUUUAUUCAAAAGUGUCUUUAAAGGCUUUCCUACAGCAUUGCCCCACAGGGAAGAAGAUCUAUCGAAGCCAUAUGAUGCAUGUAGGAUACAUGGACACUUACAUGUCAACAAGGUAGCAGGAAAUUUUCAUAUAACAGUGGGCAAGGCAAUUCCACACCCUCGAGGGCACGCCCAUAUGGCAGCUCUUGUCAGUCAUGAUGUGUACAACUUUUCACAUCGAAUAGACCAUUUUUCUUUUGGAGAACCAAUUCCAGGAAUUAUCAAUCCACUGGAUGGAACGGAAAAAAUAGCAAUAGAUCACAAUCAGAUGUUCCAGUACUUUAUCACAAUUGUGCCAACAAAACUUAACACCCAUAAAUUCUCAGCAGACACUCAUCAGUAUUCAGUCACAGAGCGGGAGCGAGUGAUAAACCAUGCCGCUGGCAGCCAUGGAGUCUCAGGUAUCUUCAUGAAAUACGACAUCAGCUCUCUUAUGGUGACGGUGACUGAGCAGCACAUGCCUCUGGGGCAGUUCCUGGUCAGACUCUGUGGAAUUAUUGGAGGAAUCUUUUCAACAACAGGCAUGCUACAUCGCUUGGUUGGUUUCUCAGUUGAUGUAAUCUGUUGUCGUUUCAAAAUUGGAGCCUACAAACUGAAAUCUGUCACAGUCCUCGAUAGCCAUAUGAACAAUCACAGUCUCACAAUUUCAGAUGGCUUUCAGCAUUAGCCAGAAAAGAGGACUCCAUUCAGUUUACAGUUCAGCAUUGUCCUUCAAUUGUAAAUGCGUGCAAUAGAUAUUGUUGAAUUGCACAGUGUUUUAAAAAGCAGUCAAUUACAAUUGAAUCAUGCGGUAUUAAAUUUUCACCCAAGGAAGUUUGAAGGAGACCACUGAAGACAAGACGUCAGUUGAAAGAUCACUAGUAAAGUUUAUUUGCACGUGAAGAAAAGGCAGCUCCUGUCAUGAACCCUUUUUAAAAUUCUAUUGAGUUUGUGAUGUGAAUAGGGCAGCAGAGGCUUUGUUUUACAGCCUCUUCUGUGCUACUAACGUGUUGGCUCACAGUUAUAAGAUGUAAAAGCAGGUUUAUACCAGAGACUUCUUGUAACCAUAAUAGGAGUAAAUUGAUAUUGACAGUCACACCGCACCGCAGUUUUCUUUCUGAAUAUUAUGAGCUGUGCUUAGAGAGACAAUUUCAUACACACCUUACAAUAUGGGCAUUGUUACUUUUUUUCCUGUUUGCAUACACAGGAUGAAAGGAAACGUGUGAAAUAAGUGGCAGUGCAAGGGGGGAUUUAUUGAUGCGUGCCACUGAUGUAUCUUGUUUAUUAUCUCUAAAGGCUUUCGUCUUG